AUGGUUAUCAAUUACAGCAAAUGGGAUGCUCUGGAGCUCUCCGAUGACAGUGAUAUCGAAGUGCACCCCAAUGUCGACAAGAAGUCUUUCAUUCGCGCCAAACAAGCCCAGAUCCACCAAGAACGUGAACAGCGGCGACACCAGAUAAAGACACUCAAGUAUGAGCGCAUCAUCAACGAUGGCCUCACGGAGCGCGUCGAUCGCCUCCUUACAGCCCUCCGAUCGCACAAGCCGGCGCAGGCGGAGAGCAAUGGCACUUUGGACGACCAGUUGGUAUUCCAAGCAAUGAUGGAGAGCAUGAUGGAUACCAAAGUCGACAAAGACGGCGGCUCAGACAGGCCACCGCCACCGCCAGAGGGCGUGCACGAGCAUAUCAAAGACAAGCCGACAUACCCACAGAUGAUGGCAAGCCUGGUUGACUCAGUGAAGAAGGACAUUGAUGAGCAAAAAAGCGAUGAGCCGCGCUAUUCACUAUUCAUUUCCGGUCUGGAGAAGGAGAAGGCAAGGAUAGAGGAUCUCCAAAAGCAGCUGUACGCGAAAUUGGAGGAGCUGGAGAAGGAGGAAAAGAAGCACAUCACCAGUGACGAUAUACAUGACGGUUUCAGCUACUCAAGCAUACGGAAGGGAGAAGAUAAGCCUGACGCAUCAUCAUCAAAGAAGGCAGAAACCGUUGAACUCCUCAACCCGCCCAAACGCCCCGAAGCCUCUCGAACAGACACAGGCGAGUCCUCAGGAGCAGAAGCAGACGUCGAAGAAGGCACCACAAUCCACGACGGAGACAAUGAAGAUGACAUCACUGCCUCACCGCUUGCCCAAGCUUUUGCAAAGAUCAAUGCCGGUGACUGGUACGCGUGCCUGGAGUUCCUCAUGAAGAACCCUGAAGUGCUCGCAGAAAAAGAGACAGAUGGUCUCCUGGUCGAGGCUUUCAACGCAGAACUCGAUGGCAGGCCAAAACAUGCACGACAAUGUGUCCAUCAAGGCCUCCUACUCCAAUACUGCAGACAGCUCGGUGGCCGACAAGGCGUAGAGAUGUUCUUCAAGCGCAUACAGACCAAGGACCACCAGGCAAGCAAGAUGUUCAACGACGAUGUAGACAGCACAUAUCAUCGCAUCAAGACGCGUGCAGCCGAGAUUCUCAAGGAGCGCAAGGAGAACCCGCAGUCAGCGGAAGGUGUGGAGCAGAUCCAGCUUCAUGCCGUCGAUCCCAACACUCAAAUCACCAUCUCCGUACCACCAAAGGAGCCAACAUCGUCUGACCCUGAAGAGCGCGCAGCAGAGCAACAAGCACGCCAGAUCUUUGAGAACUUUCCGCCUGGUCUGCAGCGUGCGCUGGAGACGGGUACACUGGAGGAAGUGAACAAAGUGUUGGCCAAGAUGAGUGUUGAUCAGGCCGAGGAGAUUGUAGAGCAGCUGGGACAAGGGGGGAUGCUUAGUCUGGAAGAGGGAGUAGUGGAUGCGACGACUGAGGAGGGGCAGAAAGUCAUGGAGGAGAUUGAGAAGAACAGAGCGAUGCCAAAGAAAGAAUAA